AUGUCAGGAGCCAGAACUCAGGUUGCAGAUUCGUCAACCUCACCACCGUUGAGUGAAAAUCGACGAAUGGACUAUUCGGGUUUGAAGUUCGCAUAUGUUGACGGGUCCGAUGACGAGGGCCCGUCAGUAACUCCGGACCUGCCGUCGUGCGUGUAUGCGGCGGCUCGUACCAGACUCCAGCUGCCGCUGGCGGCCUACGUCCACCAGCACUCCAGGCAGUUACAUGCAGAUGCUCUCCUGGAAACAUCCGUGGAGCCCGAUUACCAGUGCGGGGGCUCGCCGUACCGUGUUCAGCGUGCUGCAGCCAACGUUCGCGAGCGGCGACGGAUGCUGAGGUCCGGCCCCAAUGGCAGUAUAAACUCGGCGUUCGACGAAUUGCGUGUGCAUGUGCCGACUUUCCCCUACGAGAAACGGCUCAGCAAGAUCGAUACUUUACGCCUCGCGAUCGCAUACAUAGCGCUAUUGAGAGAGGUAUUGGAUGCUGAGUAUGAUCCUCUUACAUACGUUGAGAAGUGCCUUCGGGGAGAAAUCAAAGCUGAGAGAGCUCACUGGAAUACAAGUGAUUUGACAGCUCGACUAUCCUGGAUCAACUGGCAAAAUCUUGGGGUCAACCCGCAGAGAAGGAGCGUGCUGACAUCACUCGCACUAAGUUCCGACAAUCUACAGUAUCCACAUAAUUAACAGUAUUCCAGCAUAUAAUUUAUUCUGUCUGUCUCUUCACCCGACUACGGGUUUUUAGCGGUUUGUAUGACUGUUUGUUAAUGUAUUAGUACUCAUUACAUAGUCAUAACUACGUGUAGUACCCGUUUC